CGCGGCCGCCGAGGAGCCGAGCGCCCGGAGGCCUCGCCAGGGCCGACCCGGGGUCCCGGCGCCGCCGCCGCCAUGGACCUCCCGCCGCUGGCCGGCAAGAUCGCGGCGCUGUCGCUCGGCGCCCUCCCGGUGUCCUACGCGCUCAACCAGGUCUCGGCGCUCUCGCACCCCCUGUGGGUAGCGCUGAUGAGCGCCCUGAUUCUGGGUCUGCUCUUCGUGGCUGUGUACAGCUUGGCCCAUGGAGAGAUCUCCUACGACCCGCUCUACGCUGUCUUCGCUGUCUUCGCCUUCACCUCCGUGGUGGACCUCAUUAUCGCGCUCCAGGAAGAUGGCUACGUGGUGGGCUUCAUGGAGUUCUACACCAAGGAGGGGGACCCGUACCUGCGCACCGCUCAUGGCAUCUUCAUCUGCUACUGGGACGGCACAGUUCACUACUUCCUCUACCUGGCCAUGGCAGGUGCCAUCCGCAAAAGGAAGAGAUACCGGAACCUUGGGCUGUACUGGCUGGGCUCCUUUGCCAUGAGCAUCCUGGUGUUCCUCCCCGGGAACAUUCUUGGCAAAUACAGCUCAGAGAUCAGACCCGCCUUCUUUCUCGCCAUCCCCUACAUGCUAGUCCCGUGCUGGGCCGGCAUGAGGGUCUUCAACCAGCCCCGGGCGCCCACCAGCUGCACCCCUGAGGUGGUGCAGACGGAGCAGAGGAAGAACCUCCUGCAGCGCCCGGCUGACCUGGCCCUCGUCACCUACCUCGUCCUGGCUGGGUUUUUCACCUUCUUCCGCGGCCUGGUGGUGCUGGACUGUCCACGGAUGCUGCUUUGUUUACAUCUAUCAGUAUGA